AUGCUGAACAGGAUUUUCUUCGCUUGUGUGUUUCUCGGUCUGUUCUGCUCAGGCUCCGCGCUGAGCUGCAGGUGGAUGGAGCAUAAAUUCAGACAGUACAGCGGAAACUCUUUGAAUCUGCUGGAUAUGAUGGCGAAUAACAUUACUAACAGCACUGAGGAUGAAGAGAACACUGUGGCCUUCCCUGAUCAUCUGUACAGCCAGGCAUCCAAAGCAUCAGCUGAAGGUAAACUUUCCUUCGCAGUUCACAUCCUGCAGGAGGUUUCUGCCCUGUUUGAGGAAGAUCAAAGCUCUUCAUCAUGGCAGGAGGUCACAGUGGAGAACUUUCUCAAUGUUGUCAACAAACAGACUGAUGAACUUCACUCCUGUAUUAAAGGCCAUAGCCACAUGAAGAAGAGGAACACCAAGCUGCACUUGUAUUUCAAGAGAUUACCCAAUGAAAUCCUGGCGAAAAUGGGCCACAGUGCUGACGCCUGGGAGCUGAUCAGGAGGGAAGUCAAAGACUGUCUAAUGAAAGCAGACCACCUGGUUUCCUCUCUGCUCCUCCCCAACUAA